ACUUUAUGUUGCCAGGACACACUGCUAUAUUUCCACCUGCCUAUCACCGGUGUCUCUUUGUUUCCUUCAUAACGGCUGUGUUUUCACCUUAAUUAAGAUGUGUAUCAGUAUUAUAUACUUACGCUGCAACUCGCCGCUGAGAGAGAGAGAGAGAGAGAGAGAGAGAGAGAGAGAGAGAGAGACCCAGCUGAGCUAGCUGUCUUGCUCCUCCGCGCUUCAGAAGUACGGUGCAGACAAGACACAGCCGCCAGCCAUGCAUUACUACCCUUCCAGAUAAAGGGAAGCAGCAGAGAAGCAAACAGCGUUAAGGAAGCCAGAAAGACAGAGGCAGGCAGCCUCAAAGGCCACCAAAACAGAGGCAGGAACCCUCAACCAAGAGGGGUGAGAUGGUACCUCUCUUUGAACAGCCUGUCUGUUGUCUGCCUGUUGGGACUGGCUGGGUUCUGAGCACAGCAAGGGACCUGAGGUUACCUCAGAGCAACACACGCCCCACAUCCCAGCAUGGCAUCCAGUCCACAUCACCUCAUGAAAGAAUUUCUUGAGGCAAUUAAACACCAGCCAACAGCGGAUCUGGUCACUGCUGUAAUGGAAGGAGACGAGGCAGGGGUGAGGUCAGCACUUGACAUGGGUGCCAGCCCCGAGGUCACCGUCCCCAGGCAGGAAGUGUCAGGCAGUCUGUUAACUCUGGCUGCCAGCGAGGGCCACGAGCACCUGCUGUCUCACUUACUGCAGGCGGGGUUAAGCAUAGAAGGUGGAGGCACCAUUGACAAGACACCGCUGAUGAUGGCUGCCCACAAUGGCCACGCCCAUACAGUGAAGGCGCUGCUGGAACUCUGUUGUAACCCUCUGGCCAUGGAUAGUGAAGGAAUGAUAGCCCUACACUUUGCUGCAUGGGAGGGCCACCAGCAGUGUGUGGCAGCCCUCUUGCCCGACACCCCCCCUCCUCCCGCACACAUCGAGGCAUACACCCCGGUGCACGCCGCCAGUCAUCGUGGCCACGUGGAGGUACUGGAGCAGCUGGCAGAUGCUGGCUGGCCCCUCACCGCCAGGGACAGUGAUGGCAACACACCCAUGCACCUUGCUGCGGCCGAGGAUAGAGUGACAUGUGUGCAGUGGCUGGUGCAGCGAGGGGGUGACACAAGCAUGAAAAAUAAUGCUGGACUCACCCCGCUUGACCAGGAGCUGGUCACUGCUGUAAUGGAAGGAGACGAGGCAGGGGUGAGGUCAGCAUUUGACAGGGGUGCCCGGCCCGAGAUCACUCUCCCAAUUAAUGAUAAGGAGUCAUGUAGUCUGCUGACUCUGGCUGCCAGCAAGGGCCACGAGCACCUGCUGUCUUACUUACUGCAGGCGGGGUUAAGCAUAGAAGGUGGAGGCACAAUUGACAUAACACCGCUGAUGAUGGCUGCUCUCAAUGGCCACGCCCAUACAGUGAAGGCGCUGCUGGAUCUCCGUGGUAACCCUCUGGCCAUAGAUAGUGAAGGAAGGACAGCCCUACACUACGCUGCAAUGGAGGGCCACCAGCAGUGUGUAGCGGCCCUUUUGCCCGUCACUCCUCCCACUCCCGCACACCUCGAGGCACACACCCCGGUGCACGCCGCCAGUUAUCGUGGCCACGUGGAGGUACUGGAGCAGCUGGUAGAUGCUGGCUGGCCCCUCACCGUCAGGAACAGUGAUGGCAACACACCCAUGCACCGUGCUGCGGCCGGCGGUAGAGUGACAUGUGUGCAGUGGCUGUUGCAGCGAGGGGGUGACACAAGCAUGCAAAAUAAUGCUGGACUCACCCCGCUUGACCAGGAGCUGGUCACUGCUGUAAUGGAAGGAGACGAGGCAAGGGUGAGGUCAGCACUUGACAGGGGUGCCCGGCCCGAGGUCACCCUCCCCACUAAUGAUGUGGGGUCAUGGAGUCUGCUGACUCUGGCUGCCAGGGAGGGCCACGAGCACCUGCUGUCUGACUUACUGCAGGCGGGGUUAAGCAUAGAAGGUAGAGGCACAACUGACAAGACACCACUGAUGAUGGCUGCCAUCCAUGGCCACGCCCAUACAGUGAAGGCGCUGUUGGACCUCCGUGGUAACCCUCUGGCCAUGGAUAGUGAAGGAAGGACAGCCCUACACUUCGCUGCAAUGGAGGGCCACCAGCAGUGUGUAGCGGCCCUCUUGCCCGUCACCCCUCCCACUCCCGCACACCUCGAGGCAGAUACCCCGGUGCACGCCGCUAGUUAUCGUGGCCACGUGAAGGUACUGGAGCAGCUGGCAGAUGCUGGCUGGCCCCUCACCGUCAGGAACAGUGAUGGCAACACACCCAUGCACCGUGCUGCGGCCGGCGGUAGAGUGACAUGUGUGCAGUGGCUGGUGCAGCGAGGCGGUGACACAAGCAUGCAAAAUAAUGCUGGACUCACCCCGCUUGACCAGGAGCUGGUCACUGCUGUAAUGGAAGGAGACGAGGCAGGGAUGAGGUCAGCAUUUGACAGGGGUGCCCGGCCCGAGGUCACCUUCCCCACUAAUGAUGGGGGAUCAGGCAGUCUGUUAGAUUUGGCUGCCAGCGAGGGCCACGAGCACCUGCUGUCUCACUUACUGCAGGCGGGGUUAAGCAUAGAAGGUGGAGGCAACACUGACAGGACACCGCUGAUGAUAGCUGCCAUGCAUGGCCACGCCCAUACAGUGAAGGCGCUGCUGGACCUCCGUGGUAACCCUCUGGCCAUGGAUAGUGAAGGAAGGACAGCCCUACACUUUGCUGCAAUGCAGGGCCACCAGCAGUGUGUGGCGGCCCUCUUGCCCGUCACCCCUCCCACUCCCGCACAUCUCGAGGCAUACACCCCGGUGCACGCCGCCAGUUAUCUUGGCCACGUGGAGGUACUGGAGCAGCUGGCAGGUGCUGGCUGGCCCCUCACUGCCAGGAACAGUGAUGGCCACACACCCAUGCACCGUGCUGCGUUUGGGGGAUGUGCAGCAGCUGUGCAGUGGCUGGUGCAGAGAGGUUGUGACUCACACGUGCAAACGAAGGCUGGACGCACCCCGCUGGACUUUGCCGUGCAAUUUGGCCACCACGAGGUGGAGUCCUGGCUAGUUAAAAAUUGCAGCGGUGUUGUGAGGAGGAAUACUCUGAAUGUGCAGCAAGUGAGGGAGUUGCGGGGCGCGCAUGAACACCACCACAAGACAGUCUUGUCCAUGCUGGUGGAGGGCAACGAGGCAGCCAUGGCCAAUAUCUCUAAGAAUUAUGAUGGUCACGCGCUGAGCCAGGAUGGCCUGACGCCUCUCCACGCCGCGGCGCUGUGCGGGGCUCCCAGUGAUGCUGUGGAGGCUUUGCUGCGACGCGGCGUGAGCCCUCAUGUGACCACCCCUGACAACAUGACCCCUGCUGACCUGGCACGGCAGCAUGGCCAAGACUCAGUGAUUAAGGGACUACAGAGCCACAACUGUGUACAGAGCUACAAGCUUCCUGAAGAACUGCAUGAGGAGCUGCUCUCAACAGUCAGUCGCCGGGACGACGUGCAGGCGGUGUCCACCCUCAUAUGUAAGGGCGCGCCCAUAGAGCUCCUGGGUGGCCUUUCUGUCCUCAGACUGGCUGUCACCACCGACCGCAUACACCCCGUCAGCCUGCUGCUGGCUAGCGGUGCACCGCUGCCUGCCAGCCUGCUGCAGGAGGCUUGGCAGAGCCCUGACGUGACUCACAGGGUGCUGGCCACCCUCACCACCGCCUACUGCUGCCGGCUGCGUGCAGAGCAGCGUCGCUUGGAAAAGAUCAGCAGUGGCCUUGUCGAGGGCAUCGACAAUCUAGUGAGAACCAUCGAGGGAAAUACUCCUUGGCAGGCAGCCUGGCGAUGGGGAAAGGAGACUGACCGGCCAGCACUGAGCGACCUCCUGGCAAAGGCAGCGGCUGCCAACUGCCCCGUGACUGCCGCCUUCCUGCAUAGGGCGGGAGGGUGGACAGUCUUUAAUGGAGCCUCUGGUGGCACUGCCCUCCACGCUGCCCUGGAGGCUGGACACAAAGGGAUGGCCGAGCUGCUGAUCAGGGACCUUGGGGGCUGCCCGUACGUGCCGGACACACAUGGUCGUCUUGCAGUGCACAUGAUGCCUCACGAGGAGCAACAGAGGCUGGAGCAGAAGCUCUUUAUGGCGGAGCGUGAAAAACUGAAGAAUAUGGAGCUUCGCUUGAAAGCAGAUCACGAGAAGAUCACAGCACGGACAGCGCUGUGUAUACAAGAGGAUCUUUUUGAGAGCCACAAGAAGGGCGAGGGUAAGAAUGUCUCCUUACCUGAUGGCCACGCUGCCCUGCUGCUGGCCUCGCGCAAAGGUCUCCUGCAGCUGACUCAUCUUAUACUGCAAGAGGGUCACUUCCCCGUGGACGAGGUGCUGGACCACACCUGCGGCACCACCGCCCUCCACCAGGCGGCCUCGCACGGCCAGGACGGAUGCGUGGCGCUGCUGCUGAGCGCUGGCGCCAACCCACAGCAGCGUGACACAUAUGGCCAGACACCCCCUCACCUGGCCGCCAUGUUUGGCCAUAAAAGUACUUUUGAACUCCUGGCACUCCAAGUGACGCAGGACCCUCCAUGCCGCGCGGGCAACACGAGCACACAGGUGAGAGAAAAUUUUAAAGUGUUUCACAAUAUGUAUUACAAAUAUAAGCGUAAUCUAUUAAACCCAAUCGACCGACGUGACCCGGAAAGCGUCAUAAGAAAUCUUGUGAGAUCCAUAGGCCUGCAAGAGCUGCAGGAGGAGGCUCAGCGGGUGGCUGUGGAUCUAUCAAAGGGCGAGGCCCUUGAGGUAAAGGAGGCGGUCAUGGCAGAAAUAAGCAUCAUCAUGAAUAAGGUGUCAGCCGCUGAUGCCACGUACCGCGGCGACCUGAGGCUGGCGGGCAGUUCUCAGGACGGGUCUAAGCUUUACGCCCCUGACGAAUUUGAUAUAAACCUCGUGAUUCACAAGGAUGACGUAGGAAUAACUGUUAGCGAGAGAGAGAAGGAGGAAGCCCCGCUGAAAGGCAGGUUACAGAUUUCUGUGAAGACUGACAAUCCCCACCUUGAGGGUAAUAGAUUUAUGGCCAGUUUGUACGAGGAGGUGCACCGGUGCCUCGCUGGCCACACCCUGCAGGACAAAAGACUGAGCCUGGUGCCGCCGGGCCUGACCAGCACGCAAGUGGGCGUGGGACUCUCUCUGGCCUGGCAGGGGCGAGAGUAUCCACUGUUGCUGGUCGGCGUGGACCUGGUGCCAGUGCUUGAGGUGCCAUGGCUGGAGCAAGUUUUCAGACCGUUCCUCACUCCUGAGGACACCACCACCAUGCAGCUCAGUAAUGCUGCUGAUGGAACAUGGCGCUGCAGUUUUGCCUUGACAGAGGCUGAGGUGCUGGGGACGUUAACACCCGCAGAGUGCCAGGUGCAGCUGAUGGGGAAAAGUACUUCUUUCCCGCCUCAAGCCCGAGCGCUGGAUGCCUCGGCACAAAAAGAGCUUUUUCAAAUGGUUCGCCACACGGGAGUGGAACAUCGCGGUGCCAAGCGGGUUCUGUUUCAAGAACGCCCUCCUGCGGUGGCUGGAGCACAGGCGGUCGAGGGAGGUAGAGCUUGGGGCUGGCCAAGAGCACGACCACACCAAGGAGUUGGGGGCUGGACAGGUGCAGGACCACACCAAGGAGUUGGGGGUUGGACAGGUGCAGGACCACACCAAGGAGUUGGGGGCUGGACAGGAAAGGGACCACACCAAGGAGUUGGGGGCUGGACAGGUGCAGGACCACACCAAGGAGUUGGGGGCUGGACAGGAGGGGGACCAAACCAAGGAGUUGGGGGCUGGACAGGAGAGGGACCACACCAAGGAGUUGGGGGCUGGACAGGAGAGGGACCACACCAAGGAGUUGGGGGCUGGACAGGAGAGGGACCACACCAAGGAGUUGGGGGCUGGACAGGUGCAGGACCACACCAUGGAGUUGGGGGCUGGACAGGAGGGGGACCACACCAAGGAGUUGGGGGCUGGACAGGAGAGGGACCACACCAAGGAGUUGGGGGCUGGACAGGAGGGGGAUCAUACAAAGGAGUUGGAGGGUGAACGGAAGGGGGACCAUACAAAGGAGUUGGAGGGUGAACGGAAGGGGGACCACACCAAGUGGUUGGAGCCGGGGCGGGAGGGAGACCCCGCCAGAUGGCUGGUGGUGUUCAGAUUGAUGUGUGCGAACA